UAUCCACAAAUCUCAUUGGCUCCCGCGCUCCCGCCUUAACGACACAGCAAAAGACAAAAGAUUCAAAAGCUCCUCGUCGUCGCCGACCUCCUUGCGGCUAUGCGGUACGCGGCUUUGGUAGUAGUUGGACUCGAGACUGGACGUCUGGACGCUUCGUUUUUCGUGACUUUUUUGGGUUUGAAAUCCGUCGACGACCUCGACGCCGACCUUCUUGACGCCCAGCGCCCACCACCGGAAGACGGUUUGGUCUGCAAAUUUUUCAUUGUACAUAUCGCCCGCUAACAACCAAAAAUCGGGCAGCAAUUUUUACAGUUGAACUUGUUGAUUCGCAAGACAUUGCGGACCAGGCGGCACUCCGAUUCAUGGUGCGCAAUGUCGACGCGCUCGGACCACAACUCGCGUCGGAGAUCCUCCUGCUCAAGCUGAGUGGAAACCGAAACGGCCCUGACUUGGUUGCUUUGCUGAACAAGUAGAAUCGCAAGCCACCCACUUUUCGUGGUGGAAGAGGGCUGUCGAGAGCCGCCUACAAAAAUCGGCCUCAUGGACAGCAUUAUGAACGCAACAUCGUUGCUUUUCGUGACACGUCCAGUCGGUGACCCCAAUGAUGACAUGGGCUCCCUGCAGAUUGACAUCAUGCGUGCGGCAUGCAGAGGCAACAUCAGCAGCCGCAUGCUAUUCAUUCUCCUGGAUGCGAUGCAUGAGCCGUUCAACGUCCAAGAGGAGAAGGCAGUGCUGCGAGAGCGCGCCUAUGCUGCCAUGCAGACGAGAUUUCAACACUACAUCGCUCAGUUUGGGCCUCUUGCUGGACCUGUUGCUGGUGGUCAACCACCCCCACCAUUGCCUGCAGGACCACCUCCAGUGGCGGUGCCCUUCGUGGCACCAGGACCACCUCCAGUGGCCGAUGCCUUGAUGGCACCAGGACCAGUUGGUCCUGCUGGAGACGCUCCUGCAGUGGCUGCGCCAGCUUCCCCUUAGUAACUAUUUUGAGUUAUGGUUCAAAUUUGAUAAUAGGUUACAAAGGUUAAUCUCAAGUGAACCUCUUCUUAUAAUUGUACGCUGCUGAUAACUAAGUUUAUUUUUAAAUUAGUAUGACAGAUUCAAAUAUUACUAAUGUUAUUGCUUAAAAAAAUGUUUUUUCCUCUUGUACCGCAGCUUCCUAUAAAGGAAAUAUUUAAAGUGUAGCAACUAAUCUUCUGGGUAUUUUAUUAUUUUAAAAUGAUUUGCCUUUCAAUUACAUAUAUACCAUAUGAUAAAUGAUAAUAGUAUUAAAUCAGUAAGAAACGUGGAUCAAUCAUAAACAAUUAUU